AGUGUAGUGGGAUGAGAGGGUACUUAUGGAGGGGAGGAGAGCCACAGUGAUACCUGAAUCGUGUAGCAGGGACACUCUCUUUCCCAGACGUCUGUCGUUUUUACUGGUCACUGUUGUUCAGCACAGCCGGCCGUCAUGCCCACUGACGCCCAAAGCGAUGCCCGCUCCUUCCUGACUGAGGAGAUGAUUGCAGAGUUCAAGGCCGCCUUUGACAUGUUCGACACGGACGGUGGCGGUGACAUCAGCACCAAGGAGUUGGGUACCGUGAUGAGGAUGCUGGGUCAGAACCCAUCAAGGGAGGAGUUGGAUGCCAUCAUUGAGGAGGUCGAUGAGGAUGGCAGUGGUACCAUUGACUUUGAGGAGUUCUUGGUCAUGAUGGUGCAACAGUUAAAGGAGGACCAGGCUGGAAAGAGUGAAGAAGAACUUUCAGAAUGCUUCCGUAUCUUUGACAAGAAUGGAGAUGGUUUCGUUGACCGGGAGGAGUUCGGAGACAUCCUCCAUCUCACUGGAGAAGCAGUCGUAGAGGAAGAUAUUGAUGAGAUGUUUGGUGAAGCAGACUCAAACAAAGAUGGAAAGAUUGAUUUUGAUGAGUUCCUGAAGAUGAUGGAGAACGUCCAGUAAUGAGGCUCAACAUUCCUUGGUGACCCUUCCUCAGAGAGAAUAAAUAAUAGCUUGUGGAAAUGGGCUUGGAACAAACUCUAGAUAUAUAAAACCCUGUACAAUUAUGAAUCUGAUGUUGUUUCUGAAAUGUCCCCCCCCACCUCCUCUUUCCCUUCCCAUAUGAAAGCUUGGGGCUUGGUGAGGAUAUCUAUAAAUAUCCGUUCAAACCUUUUAAGACGAAGGCACUUUCCCCUGGCCUUCACCCAGCUGUCUCCUUGGCAGCUGCCGUUCCUCCAGAAAUCUUACACCACUUAGCUUUAACCCCCACCCUCCUCCUCCUCCUCAGAACUGUAUAUCUUCUCCACCCUGUUCUUUCUAAAUAAAUCCACUUUCUCCUUGUUCA